GUCUCUAAGAGGCAAGAGCCCUUCCCACUCCCCAGAGCCUUCCUUCAAGAGGCCAGAAGACCCAGGUUUGGGAAGAGGGGGAGCUUGCUGUGUGGAGGGCUGCCUGCAACCAGAUCUGAUGCCCCCUCCAUGCUUCCCCUCCCCCCAGGUGAGGGGAAACUGAGUCCCAGCUAGGCUCAUGGAAUGAAGAGGGCACAAACAGAAUUUUCAAGGCGUUCGCCCUCCGGCCGGGAAGCAUGGGGCCGUCCCGGCUCGUGUGCGCCCUCCUGCUCGCCGCCUGCUGCUGCUGUCGCCGCGCCGCGGGUGUGCCCGGAGAGGCAGAGCCCCCCGAGCCGGAGCUGGUGGAGGCGGAAGUGGGCGGCACGGCGCUUCUCAAGUGCAGCCCCUCCCAUUCCCAGGGCAACUUCAGCCACGUGGACUGGUUUUCUGUGCACAAGGAGAAGCCGACGCUCAUCUUCCGCGUGCGCAAGGGCCAGGGCCAGAGUGAACCCGGGGAGUACCAGCAGCGGCUCAGUCUCCAGGACAGAGGGACCACGCUGGCCCUGAGCCACAUCACGCCCCACGACGAGCGCAUCUUCCUGUGCCAGGCCAAGCGCCCUCAGUCCCACGAGCACCGCAUCCAACUCCGUGUUUACAAAGCCCCGGAGGAGCCGACCAUCCAGGUCAAUCCCUUGGGCAUCUCGGUCAGCAGUAAGGAGCCUGAGGAGGUGGCCACCUGUGUGGGGAGAAAUGGGUACCCCGUUCCUCAAGUCAUCUGGUAUAAGAACGGCCACUCCCUGAAGGAGGAGAAGAACCGGGUCCACAUUCAGUCAUCCCAGAUCGUGGAGUCAAGCGGUCUGUACACCUUGGAGAGCGUUCUGAAGGCCCAGCUGGCGAAGGAGGACAAAGAUGCCCGGUUUUACUGUGAGCUCAACUACCGGCUGCCCAGCGGCAACCACAUGAAGGAGUCUCGGGAAGUCAACGUCCAGGUUUUCUACCCGGCGGAGAAGGUGUGGCUGGAGGUGGAGCCCGUGGGGGCGCUGAAGGAAGGCGACCGCGUGGAAAUCAGGUGUUUGGCGGACGGCAACCCCCCGCCCCACUUCACCAUCAGCAAGCAGAACCUCGGCACCAAGGACACGGAGGAGAUGACACCCGAAGACAACGGGGCCCUGGUCUUGGAGUCUGCCCAGAAGGAGCAUAGUGGGCUCUAUCAGUGUCAGGGCCUGGACUUGGAAACCAUGGCUUCGCUGCUGAGCGACCCACAGGAGCUGCUGGUGAACUACGUGUCCGACGUGCGGGUGAGCCCUGCAGCCCCGGAGAGCCGGGAGGGCGGCAGCCUCACCCUCCGCUGUGAGGCAGAGAGUAACCAAGCCGUGGAGUUCCAGUGGCUGAGAGAGAAGACAGGCCAGGUGCUGGAAAAGGGGCCUGUGCUCCAGUUCCACGGCCUGACGCGCGAGGCAGGGGGAGGCUACCGCUGCCUGGCGUCCGUGCCCAGCGUCCCGGGCCUGAACCGCACGCAGCUGGUCCACGUGGCCAUUCUUGGGUCCCCAUGGAUGACGCUGAAGGAGAGGAAGAUACGGGUGCGAGAGAACGAGGUGCUCAAUCUGUCGUGCGAAGCCUCGGGACAUCCGCGGCCCAGCAUCUCCUGGAGCGUCGCGGGCACGGCACAGGAACAAGACCAAGAUCCGCAGGGCGUCCUGAGUGUCCUGAAUGUCCUCGUGACCCCAGAGCUGUUGAGGACGGGGGCCGAGUGCGUGGCUUCCAACUCCCUAGGCACAAACACCACCACCAUUCUCCUGGAGCUGGACUCCAGCAGAAGCACCGGCCUGAGCACCUCCACCGUCAGUCCCUCCGUCCGAGCCAACAGCACCUCCACAGAGAAGAAGCUGCCAGAGCCUGAAAGCAAGGGCGUGGCCAUCGUGGCCGUGACGGUGUGUGUGCUGGUGCUGGCCGUGCUGGGUGCCGUCCUCUAUUUCUUCUACAAGAAGGGCAAGCUGCCGUGCGGGCGGUCAGGCAAGCAGGAGAUCUGGCCCCGGAGCGCCGAAGAGCCCCUCAUCGCCCAGUCCGAUGUCUUUGCCAGUGAGCCUCCCUUUCCUCGCCCGAGAUGCCAACUUCUUGCCUCCCUCCCUCCUCCCAGCACGCUGCCCCCGUCUCGUAAGAGCGAAUUUGUAGUUGAAGUUAAGUCAGAUAAGCUCCCAGAAGAGAUGGGCCUCCUACAGGGCAGCAGCGGUGACCAGAGGGCGCCCGGAGACCAGGGAGAGAAAUACAUCGAUCUGAGGCACUAGCCCGCCCAGGACACCGAGCGCCCUUCCCACCUGGAAUGUUUUCUGCUCCCCACUCACGCCCUCCCUCCCAACGCUCAGGACGACCGCCAAAGCCUCCGAAGCGGGCUGUGGAGAAGGCCCCUGCCGCAGCAGGCGUGCCGGCCCCAUCUCAGAGGGCUGAGCCAGCCCGCCACCGUCUCACUGUUGGGUGAUGCUCACCCCAGGGAGGGGCCUCAGCAUCCUGGGAGCGGGAAGGAGUUUCUCACAGACCAUGUUGUGGGUGUACGUACCUGUCUUCAGCCGGCAGCCUAUUUAUCUUGGUGCUGGCUUCCUGCUCCGAAGGCUGGCCUCGUCCUUCAGUUGUGUCGCUGAAGUGAGGGCUCCCUGAGCCCAGGCCCCUCUCACACCGUUCUGGAGAGUACCGCAGCCUUCCUGACAAGCGGCUACCCACCUGCUUCAGGAGCCCCUUUUGUGACCCACCUUCCUCUGGGCAGAAGCCAGGACUGGUGUCAUUCCUUAAAAGAGGUGUUGGGUGUAUCUCAUGGUCCCUGCAGGGAGGAAGCUAGGCAGUUUUCCAGAGUUAGGCCAUUGAGCCCAACACCCUCCCCCUGCAGUUUGGCUCCCACUGCCCAGUCAAGGGGUCGUAUCAGACUAAAAGGUGGGGUUAGGGGACAGAGAUGAGGUCCCGACUGUCUUUUAGGAGAAUUAUAUCAAGGCUAUAAUUCUACUAGCACCAAACUUCUACGAACUGAGCUAACGGGCUUAGACCCUGGCAGAAGCGCCCUCACGGGAGAAUGGUACUUCGGGACGAGGAGCGGGCCUGGCUGCAGCUUUGGGGUGUGUAUGUGUAUCUAUCUGUGUGUGCGUGUAUGUAUAUGUGGUUUUGUUAGGUCGUGUGUACAUUUGCAAAUUUCCUUUAUAUAUAUAUAUAUAUAUAUAUAUGAAAAAUAAAGCUUAAUUGUCCCAGAAACGUCA